AUGAUUACCUCCGACAACAAGGUCCAGCCACCAACUGAGUCCACAUCCAAAAAUUCUGUCGAAGGCGAACCCUCAGCUUGCGUGGAUUCAAACAAAGACGCUGGCAACGCUGUUACUCCACAGCCCGACAAAGUACAGCCAGACGAUUGUGAAAGCGCCAAUGCCGCAUGCAACGACUCCACGAAUGAAGCAGAAAGGGGUGACAAGGACCAGGAGGCUACAGCCCAGAACGAAGCGGUUACUCCACGAAAGUUGCCUAAUUCGGACUCCAAGGAGCCCAUAUCUCCCACCACGUCCCCUGCAGAAACCGAGUGCAAGGAAGCUGCAGGUGACUCGGCGGACGUUUCGGCCGAAUCGGGGGCGCCUCAGGCCGACGCAGAGUCUGGAGACGCCAACAAUGUCUCCGAGGUAGUUGGGAGCAAUAGUCAACCAAAUUCACCUACCAAAUCUCAGUCUGAGCCCCAAUCUGACGGGACUGCCGUACGCGAGGACGCUGCGAUGGAUUCCCCUCCCCAGAAGACACUGCCCGAAGUCAAGGACAAGAGCGCGGCUAAAGUAACAAGCGAUGAAGGUUCCCCAUCCCGCUCCGUCGAAGAAAAUGUUGAUGGACCUGAUGAGGAUUCCCUUUCUGACGACGAUGAGGACAUCCACGUAGGACGCCUACGUCGAAGAUCAAGUGUGUCCGAGGAAGGGGAGGAGGAAGAAGAAGAAGCGGACGACUAUGAAGAUGAUUUUACGGACGAAGGUGAUUAUAGUGAGGGAGAAACUAUGGGAGAAGAGUUUGAGGAUGCGGAGGGAGCAGAGAGUGAAUUAGAGGAGCAGGUGCCGAUUAAGGAUGAAAAAAUGCAGGCCGACUCUGAUCCCUCCACAAAGAAAGUUGACGAGGACCUAUCGCCCCCAGCCCAUACUAUACAAGGGAUCCUGGCGUACGUGAAGGAGGCCGAUCUGACCGUGGGAAAGAUCUGGAAGUCUACCCCUCUGCCCCCCGAAGUGGCAAUGCGCGUGCGAGCUUUACACGUUCUAGUGGUACUGCUGAAGAUAGCUACCAAGUUCAGGCUGGCACUAGUUGUCAAAGAACACGCACCAGGCACGCGGACAAUUACGACGAUCGUCGCACUGCUGCUGCUCCACGCUACAAUCGGGGCGCUUUUUCUCGACGUGACCAGCGAUAUGAGGAACAGCCCCCCGCGCAAUCAAAACUACAAUGGGCGUACUAGCGGUGGUGAGGAUGUGAACCCGAAAACUCGUGGAAAUGCUGUUCCUCAGAGUUCGGGCAACAGGCACUCUGACUAUUAUGAUGACUACGGUGCCCCUCCGCGUCAACACCAUAAUUCGGAUCCUCGGGGUGACCUGCGUUAUGACCAACGAAACCACGCCUCCGCCAACUUCCGUAAUGAGUCAGAUGACUAUCAGAACCAUUCCGGCAGACGGUUUAACCAGCGAGGCAGACUCAGCGACGACAUUCGUCAUGGCUCAGGCUACGGGCAGGAUCGUUACCAGCCCCGAGUUCAGACAUACACAGGAGACGACCAGCCGAAUGAUGACUCUUAUAACAACAAGCCAGGGUCCAUCGACCCUGCCUUCGUGGCUGCGGUUCUCAAUCAGCAACACGCCCUGGCUCAGGCCGUUAACAAUGCGGCUAUGAACGGUGGACCUCCGCUCACCGCACCACAGGCUGCUCCCCCCUCCACCCUUGGUGGCUUUCCGAUGUCACCUGCGGGUGAUGCCUACUAUGGUGUCGCCACAAUGCCGGUCGAUGCACGUGAGUUCCAGGCUUACUGA